AUGAUAAACUCCACAAAGAUUUCAUAUUUUUCACUUGUGGCCUAUUUUGACACUGGGGUUUUCAAAUAUUUGUAUUUCAUGGUAAUUAUGUCAUUGUAUUUUUUUAUUGUUAGUGCCAAUGUUUUGCUCAUUGUGGUUAUCUGUAUGAACAGAAGCUUACAUGAACCUAUGUACCUUUUUCUGUGCAGCCUGUUUGUAAAUGAACUGUUUGGUAGUACAGGGUUGUUUCCAUUCCUUCUGGUUCAGAUCCUCUCUGACAUUCACACUGUUUCUGCCUCUUUUUGCUUCCUGCAGAUUUUCUGUUUGUAUACGUAUGCAAGUGUGGAAUAUUUAAACUUAGCCAUCAUGUCUUAUGACAGAUACCUCGCUAUCUGUUGUCCUCUACAAUAUAACACACGUAUGACGUCUAAAAAGAUUGGCACACUUAUUGCCAUAACAUGGUUAUAUUCUUGUUUUGUGAUGGUCGUUUGGUUAUCUUUGGCUACUCCUCUGCAGCUGUGUGGGAAUAUCAUUGAUAAAGUUUUCUGUGCUGCCCACUCUGUUGUCAAGCUGGCAUGCUCUAACACCAGUGGAAGUAAUAUGUAUGGACUUAUUGUAUCUUUUGGCAUAAUCUUUAUUGCUUUAAAUGUAAUUCUGUACACUUACUUGCACAUUCUUAGAGUUUGUUUUUCUGGUUCUAAACAGACCAGACAGAAAGCCGUCAGUACCUGCACACCUCACCUUGCUUCCCUGCUCAACUUCUCUCUCGGGGCUUCCUUUGAAAUAUUGCAGAGCAGGUUUGAUAUGAGCAGAGUACCAAAUAUGAUUCGAAUACUUUUAUCAUUAUACUUUCUUACAUGCCCACCGCUGUUCAACCCUGUAAUGUAUGGCCUGAAAAUGUCUAAAAUACGGGCCUUGAGUAAAAGUCUCAUAUCAAAUGUUGGCUAUUAA